AUGGCACCCGUAAGAAGAUCAUCCAGAAAUAAAAAUAAAACUACAACCAAAUCCAAUUCACCUAAAAAGCAAAAUGUUCAAAAUUCAAGUAAGAAAAAGUUUGGCAAAAAGAGCAAAAAUACACCUUCAAAAAUUGAGACCUCAACUACUAUCAACGAGUCUGAAUUAAAUUCUUCUCCUAUAAAAAGAGCUACAACUCCAACCAAAACAUUUAAUGAAACAAAUAACUCAAAUACCAAUCCAAAUAGUAAGGAAGUUGGUGGUUCCAAAAAUAACCAAUCGAAUAUCAUAUCUGUCACACCAACUAGGCUGAAUCAGUACAAGGGCCCUGCACAAAAUACAAGGAGAAAAAAAUGUGUCCUAUUCUCAGAUGAUUUAGUUUCGGAUUUGCCAAGUUCUCCCGAUCGAUCUACGCCAAAAAGAUCCAUUUUAAAAGCGUGUGAUAUUAAUCUAAAAACACAAUUGACUGAUCCUAAUAAUUCAACUUUAUGGGAGAAAUCAACUUUGAAACAACCACAUGGACCUAAAUAUACUAAUUUUUGGUGUCCUGGAACUAUUGUUCAACUUCCCCCAAAUUCGGAUGAGUUACCCAUGUUAGUUGAAGGAUGCUUAUCUGUACUUAGUGUAAAGACUUUUGAUAAGAGAUUUGAAGUUUAUGCAACAUUAAAUUCCGUUUUAAAAACUAAUUCUCGUGAAACUAUAUUCAAUUUAUUUACAAAAUCAAUGGAGAUAAAUCACGAUGAAUGCAAGUCAAAAGAAUCAACAUAUCUUCAAAAGCUAGUAUUCCAUUUAAUUCAAGACAUUGAUGAGAUUGAAGAUCAAAUAUUUAAAUUUGAUAAUGAAAACAAGGAAAACACUUCUCCAUCAAAAAAUGAUCCUUUUAGAGUCAGAAUUAUAAAUCAAGCAUUAAAAUUAUUAAAUUGUUUCAUGGUAGACCCGAAUGUGAACUGUUUGAUACUGAUUGAAGAUGCAGACUGGAUCUAUCGGCAUGCAAUAUCAAUGUUGACUCAUCCUCGUAUCUCAAAAACAUUGGUUUCACCUUACUUAUCAAUAAUAAAAGAUUGUCAUUUAAAUGCCAUGAAAAAACGGGAAUUGUUUUCAAAUAGUGAAUUGAUAGAAAAGAUGUUGUUUGCAUUAAUGAAUAUGAACAGUUUUCCGAGUGCCACAUUAGUAUCUGAGAAACUACUAUGUAUUAAAAACUAUAUAAUCAAUUUUCCAAAUUCUAUGUCAAAAAACAUUGGGCAUUGGUUUGAGUCGGUACUUCUCAACCUUUGUAACAUAUCGCUGCCAUUAUAUAUGAAAUGUUUGGGAUUCAGCGUCAAUUGUCUUAUGGAAACUGCUAAAACCUUUUUAGACAACAAUAAUGUACAAAUCUAUAUCAGAAAGUUAUUAUCAUCAACAAUAUCUAAUAACGUCAAAUUUUUUUCAAUAGAUGAAGAAUAUUCACAAAAUUUAAGUCAAUUGAGCUCACAAAAUAUUAAACUCGUUGACUUCGUAAACUCGAAAUUACAAAAAUUAUGUGACGAGGGACACCAUAAAUUGGCGUUGGACCUGUGGAUGGCUUUAACUGUAUUGAUAGGAAAUGGACAAACAUCAUUUGAAAAAUGGUCUCAAUUAAAUUCGUGGUUAGUUGUUCCCCAAAGAUGUCUCGAGAGUAAAGACCCUGCUAUAAUUGAAUUGGUCCUAAACAGCUGGAAGGCAGUUAAUUUUAACCUUUGUAAAGAUGGGUUAUUGUACAUGAGGAAAGAGUUGGACCCCAUAUUGAGAGGACCUUUGAAUAAUGAGAAAAAAACUCGUAUAAAUCAAAUAAUGAAACCUAAAGUGGAAUUGUUGACUCAUGUUUUUCUUUGCAUGGAUGUACCUAAUUUGCCAAGUAAUAUCAUCAAUUCACUUCAUAAUCUAUUCCUUGGUAUAUUAUACAUGAUAAUAAAUUCAAAUGUUUUAAAAGUUUGGUCAAAGAAUAUACAUCUAUUGUGGGAUAGAAUCAUUCAACCGGUAUUCUUAAAUUUUUAUUUCAAAAAGAAUUCAUCAACCAAUUACCUCAACUUGCUUGGGUUUAGAAUUUUAGCAACAUUGCUUAAGUUAGACCUUCGAUCGCGUAAGACUUAUAGUGACAUAAAUGUCUUAGCAACCGAAAACCUAACUUCGAAUGACCUCACUCCACUUCCAUCUAGAUGGGUACAUUCCCAUUUUGACAAAAUAAUGCAGAAUAUAUAUUUGGUCUUUCUGUUAAAGAAAUUAGAAUUUGAAGAUAAGUUAUCUAUGUUGAUUAUUUUUUUGAAUACUUUAAGUCAAAUUGUAAAAAAGGAGAGAGUCACGUCCACCACAACCUACGACUUGAUAGAUAACCUUCCAUUGGUAUUGUCUCAAUUAUUAAAAAAUCAUGAUUUGAUAUGUACUGAACGAAUUAAAGAAAUAAUAAUAGAGCUUCAAAAUACUUUCAAAACUAAGGAUUUAUUGUCUAGAGGUCCUGAUGAAAAUCUUGACGUUUAUUUCACCAUCUUGAGUAAUAGCAAGAUGAAGUUCGAUGAAGAAUCUAAGCAUAUAUAUGCAACCAUUUUAAAGUCAUUAGAUUUUACAAAAACUUUGAUAUUUAUAUGCAAUAUUGUUAAAAGUGAUAUUUUUGAGGACUCAUUAAAACUGUUUCUUAUUGCACAUUUAAGUCAAUUAAAUCUUGAAAUUAGUCGUACCACCGUAAUUUGCUACGGCGAAAUUUGUCAAUUUGUUAAAACUGGCUAUCAUAUUUUUGUCAAGAAACUUUUUCGAUCUAUACUUUCCACUAGCAAUACUGAAGAUAUAACACUUCGAUGGUUGGGUCUAUUGAAUAUGCAACACUGGACAUUGGAGACUUCUCAAUAUGCAUUACUUUUAUUCAGAGAAUCAUCGAAUGAAGCAUUUCUACGACUUUUCAUCCCAUUAAUCACCAAUCAGUUGGAAUCAUGGUACAAUCCUACAUUGCAAUUUCUAAUACUAAACGAUUUUGCUGUUGUAAUUUCUGAAUUAAGGGAUCAGAUUUUUGACAUUGGCUCUCGACAAGAUGCAACCAUUAUUGGGGAUAUCUGUUUGAUGUUAGAAAAUUAUUUAAAAAAUAAGCUUGAAGAGCUGGAGAUAAAUUAUGAUUUAAUAGAUAAAUUAGGAUACAAUUGCUUGAAGAUUUUUAAAAUGAAUAUUUCGUUUUUGAAUGAUCAUUUACAAAAUUUACCUUUGUUAAAUCAAGAAAUCAAUACGCAAGUAUCUGAAAGUUCUGAUGGAUCCCUAAAUUUAGAUAAUUCGAAGCAUUCAUUAUCGGAAUUGGCCAUUUCAAUUCCUUCUGUAAUUUAUAAAGAUAUCACACAACAACAUAUACAUCAACCAACCCAAGAAGAAUCAAAUGGACAAUUACUUCAAGAAAAUUCUACUGAUUCUUCAGGAUUUAGUGAAGUAGAAAAUAGAGAAACAGCUACUACUGGAAAGGAAAGUACUACAAAGUCAUCUGUACCACAUUUAGACCAAGAUCAUGAUAUGAUGAUGGAUGAACUUGCAGAAUCUGAAAAUAUUAGCUCCAACUCUUCAUCAUUUCCGACAUUGAAAACCACUAAAGCAGAAGCUUCGGCUUCAGAACUGAUUGAAACGGCAGUAGAUGAUCUGAAUAUCAAAAUACCACCAAAUACAGCCAAAGUUACGAAUGAUGUUGAAUCUAGAGAAGAAACCAUUUCAGAGUCAGAAAGCACGUUCAUUACACAAAGGAAUGACUGUUCGUUGAUGCCUCAAUCAAAAGAAGAUACCAUUGCAAACACAUCAUCCAUCGAUGUCAAUGGAGAAGAAAAGAAUAAUAAAAUUCCAGAAUUAGAAAAGGUUUUACCUGAUUCUAUUGAAUCCGUCAACUCAUCUAAUGGACAGUAUAAUACGGCCGAAUUAGUUAGACUUUUGGAUUUAAAAUCUUACAAUGAACUUUCGCUUUUAAGUAAUGAGGAAAAAUAUGAAAUCGAAACAAAAUUACUUAAUUUCAUGUUAAAAUUGAGGAAUAUCAAAUCAUAA